UCAACAGCUGAACCAUCAUCAUCAAUGGCCUCAUCAUCAACUGGUGGCUGGAAGUAUGAUGUUUUUCUGAGUUUCAGGGGCCCCGACACUCGCAAAGGGAUCACGGUCGAGAUACACGAUCGGCUUAACAGGAGCGGCAUUAUCACUUUCAUGGACAAUCCAGAUCUUCAAGUAGGGGAUGUUAUUUCCCCCACUCUCAUAAAGGCAAUCAAAGAGUCAAGGUUUGCAAUUGUAAUUCUCUCGCAAAAUUAUGCUUCUUCUACUUGGUGUUUGGAGGAGCUUAGAGAGAUUUGUGUAUCCAUGGAAGACAACAGGAUUUUGCCUCUUUUUUAUCAAGUCGAUCCUACUGAUGUUCGAUAUCAGAAGAAGAGUUUCGAACAAGCUUUCUCCAAGCAUGAAACCUCUGGCCGACAUGAACUAGAGAUGGUGAAGCAAUGGAGAGCUGAUUUACAAAAAGUGGCCAAUAUCUCUGGGUGGAACACAAACGAUUUCAAGACUCACAAAGAACUUGUUGACGUCAUUGUGGAAUCUCUCCGCAGUAAAGUACCACCUGAUGCGAUUGAAUCCACAGGUGAUUUUCAAGCAUAUGAAGCAACUAAACAAGCCAUGGAUGAUGUUGUGAAGGCGCUGACAGAUGACAAGAUCACUGCGGUUGGUGUUUUCGGCAUGGGCGGCGUUGGAAAGACAAGCAUGGUGAGACAUGUAGCUGCACAAGCCUGCAAAAAUGGUACUUUUAAUCAUUGGAUUAUGGCUGUCGUGUCCCAAAACCGUGACUUGAAAAGAAUUCAAGACACAUUUGCAGACCUGUUGGGAUUUGAAUUAAAAGAGAAGACAGAAGAUGGAAGAGCCGCUAGGUUGUAUAAGGAGAUAAUGAGAAAAGAAAAACUCCUGAUAAUAGUGGACGAUGUUUGGGAGAGAACAGCAUUGUCAAGCAUAGGGAUUCCCAGCUAUAAGGAACUUCAAAAGUGCAUGUCCAAAGUGCUACUCACCACAAGGAGAUUCAAUGUAUGUCAUGCCAUGAAAUGCGAAGAAAAGAUCGCCCUUAAGGUUCUCUCAGAAAAAGAUUCUUGGAACUUGUUUCUGAGAAAUGCAGGAACAAUUUCUUUUGAGUCCACCGCAUUUGAGAAAAUAGCAAGGAUGGUAGCUGGAGAAUGUAAGGGUCUACCUAUUGCUUUGAUAGCAGUUGCAAGGGCACUCGGAGAUAAGGAUCUGGCGGAAUGGAAAAAAGCAGCUGUACGACUAGAGAAUUCGCAAUAUGUCAAUCCCAACCAUGAGGAAGAUGAGGAAAAUGCAUUCAAAUGUAUAAGAUUAAGCUAUGAUUACUUGAAAAAUGAAGACCACAAGUCAUGCUUCUUGCUCUGUUGCCUGUUCCCAGAAGACCAUGACAUCCAACUAGAAAACUUAUUCAAGUAUGCAUUUGGGAUAGGAUUGUUUCAAGUUGCGGAAACAACAAUUGAAGAAGCCAGAGAAGCAGCAGAUUCAGUGAUCAAGUACCUGAAAGGUUCUAGCUUGCUCUUGGAUAGCGAUAACAAAGGAUGUGUAAAGAUGCAUGAUGUCAUCCGGGAUACAGCCCUGAAUAUUGCACAAUCUGAAGAUGGGCAUUGGUUUUUGGUGAAAGCUGGUUGUGGUUUAAAGGAUUGGCCGCCACGCGGAUUACAUGAAGGCUGCACUGCUAUUUCACUGAUGAGGAACAAAAUUCGCAAGCUACCCGAAAAAGAGUUGGUAUGUCCAAAUCUCCAGAUUCUAUUGCUAAACGGGAAUGCUGAUUUAAGUGAGAUCCCAAGAAAGUUGAUCCAGAAUCUGAGAGAGUUAAGGGUCUUGGAUCUUAGCAACACUAGUAUUUCUGUAUUACCCCAACCAUUUAGCCUCCUCACCAACCUCCAAGCUUUGUAUUUAGACUUUUGUAAGAAAUUGAUUGAAAUUUCCAUAGUGGGAUCACUGAAAAAGCUUGAAAUUCUUAGCAUGAGAGAAUGUUCUUUCAAGGAAUUGUCGAGAGAAAUAGGACAUUUGACCAAUCUAAGGAUUUUGGAUGUCAAUCGUGAUUGGGAACGGUUCACAAUUCCAUCUGAAGUGAUAUCAAAGUUGCAUAAAUUAGAAGAAUUGUACAUGGUGUACAGUGGAACUAAGGGACGAGGAGAAGAAACCAAUAUUGGGUUUGGUGAGUUAGCUGGUUUAUCAAACUUGAAAAUAUUGCAGGUUGGCAUAUCUGAUGAAAAAUACAUCCCUAAAAAUGUUGAGGCCGCACCAGAUUGGGAUUACUUUUGUAUAAGUAUCAUAAGCAGAUGCACCAACUCUGAAUACAUGUCCGCUGAAUACAUGCCUGCAUACAGAACAGGAGAUCAUAAUUCAAGAUCCUUGUUUCUUAGUGGAGUAACCAUAAGUACCUUACCUGAUUGGUUUAUCAACGUGACAGAGAAAACAGAGAAGCUAGAGUAUGAUCGUUGCAAUGGGAUGCGUGACAUUCUUAUGGAAUAUGACCAUGGGAGGUUACAUGAACUCAAGCAUCUCAUAGUUGGUGGGUCUGUUAGUGAUUCCGAUGUGUGCUUGAAAGAGUUGAUGAACACAACAAGGCGAGUUCAAACAGGACCAGUGUUUGAGAAUUUGGAAGAGUUGCAUCUGCUACAACUGAUCCACCUUGAGGAGUUGUGUGUUGGUGAGCUACCACCUGAGUCUCUGUCAAAUCUGAAGGUAUUGCAUCUGAAUGAUUGUUUUAUCUUGAAGAGUAUAUCAAAAUUUGUACAGAGACUACCAAAUCUGGAGAACCUAUAUUUAAAUAGGAUGAAGGAAUUGGAAUAUGUGUUUGGGUGUGAGGAGUUUGAGCCAGAACAAUCAAAACUGAGGGAGAUGCAUUUGUUGUAUCUAAAAGCACUAAGAAGCGUAUGUAAUGGUCCCGCUCCCCGUGCAAUGUUCCAGAGUCUUAAAACCUUGACUGUUUACUAUUGCAACUUGAUGGAAAGUCUGUUCAGAUAUGAUGUAGCUCAGUGUCUCUUUCAAUUGGAAGACCUUUAUGUAGACGGUUGCCCUUUGUUGGAAAGAGUAAUGGAAGCAGUGAACAACGAGAAGACGGUUCUACCAAAAUUGAAGAACUUGGUUUUGAAGAAUCUUCCUAUGUUGUAUGGUCCAAGUGCUACUGUUGAUAUUAAGUGUCCUUCAUUGGAACGCUUGGUGGUGGUGGAUUGCCCCAAGCUUUCAUUUUCAGCCUCUUCUGAUCCCUUCGGCUCCUUCAAAAGCACAAACCAGUUUUCAUUUUCAACCUCGGCUUCUGACUAUUUUGGCAGCUUGAACCCAGUCCAACUCAAUGAUCUGGAACUGUACCAGCAUCUACGUGACAGACUGAGAAUCUAGUUUCCAAGCGUGAAGUCUCUCAAAUGGUCCGGCUCACUUGCAAUGAGCAGGAAGUAUCCAAUCUUUGUCCAGGGUUGGUCAUUUAGCUGAGGCUGCAAAUCCAAUUGAGAAGUUUUGCCAAAGAGAUUUUAACAGCCAUUCUAGAAACCUUGGAGAGUACUCAAGGGGGUAACUUCAUCAUAUAUCCUAAGAAGGUUUUUGCUCAUUAUCAUGCAUGGGCUAGGAGGUCUGGUGUCCAGGUUUACUUUCUAUGAAGGGGGAACUUCCUCAUAGCUCCUGUUCUGCGACUUAAAGCAGGUCUUUUCUCCUUAUCAUUGAUGGGCUAUCGGCAUUAGGGUCGACCAUGUUGCCAUGGUUUCUAGUGUGACCCUGUUUGCAUGGUGGUUAGGAUAUCACAACUUAUAACUAAAUUGAUUUUUGAGCGGUAAUAUAAUGUGACGAAAAUACUCAUGUCAGAGUUAUAUACAAUUGAUGGAAAAAAGAAAAUAAAAGGAAAAGGUUAUCCUAAGAACUUAAAACUAUCAUGUAGUGUAUUUUCAAAAUGACUUGUAAUGUCUAUUUUUUCCUGUUGUACAUUAUGGGGGAAUGGUGUUGGUUAAUAUAGUGAAGUCUUUACCCUUCUCUUGUAAAGCUCUUGCCACCAGAAGUAACACUAAGAACACCAUGAAAAUGGCAAGGGAGAGGGUGGACGCCCAUAGCAGUCGAAACGCAAGCUUAAUUGGCCUGCAUUGAUAUCUGACGACCUCAG